GUGGCAGCAGCUGAGCUGGAGCGGCGUGGGCCGUGGGCCGUCAGGGCAGCCCUGAAGGGGCCCCCUCCCCACUCCGCUCUAGUAGAAGUGUGAGAGAGCCCAGCAGGACUCAGAGGGGAGAGUUGGAGGAAAAAAAGGCAGAAAAGGGAAAGAAAGAGGAAGAGAGAGAGAGAGUGUGUGUGUGAGAGAGAGGAGCGGCUGAGCCCACCCCGAUGGCCGCGGACGAAGUUACUGGAGGGGCGCGCAAAGCCACGAAAAGCAAACUUUUUGAGUUUCUGGUCCAUGGGGUGCGCCCCGGGAUGCCGUCUGGAGCCCGGAUGCCCCAUCAGGGGGCGCCCAUGGGUCCCCCGGGUUCCCCGUACAUGGGCAGCCCCGCCGUUCGGCCUGGCCUGGCCCCGGCCGGAAUGGAGCCAGCCCGCAAGCGAGCAGCACCCCCACCCGGGCAGAGCCAGGCGCAGAGUCAGGGCCAGCCAGUGCCCACAGCCCCUACCAGGAGCCGCAGUGCCAAGAGGAGGAAGAUGGCUGACAAAAUCCUCCCUCAAAGGAUCCGAGAGCUGGUCCCCGAGUCCCAGGCUUACAUGGACCUGCUGGCUUUUGAGAGGAAGCUGGACCAGACCAUCAUGCGGAAGCGGGUGGACAUCCAAGAAGCCCUGAAGAGGCCGAUGAAGCAAAAGCGGAAGCUGCGCCUCUACAUCUCCAACACGUUUAACCCUGCGAAGCCGGACGCCGAGGACUCGGACGGCAGCAUCGCCUCCUGGGAGCUGCGGGUGGAGGGGAAGCUGCUGGAUGACCCCAGCAAGCAGAAGCGGAAGUUUUCUUCCUUCUUUAAGAGUUUGGUCAUUGAGCUGGACAAAGACCUCUAUGGCCCAGACAACCACCUGGUGGAGUGGCACCGGACCCCCACGACACAGGAGACAGAUGGCUUCCAGGUAAAGCGCCCAGGGGACCUGAGCGUGCGCUGUACCUUACUCCUUAUGUUGGACUACCAGCCCCCCCAGUUCAAACUGGAUCCUCGCCUGGCCCGCCUGCUGGGGCUCCACACCCAGAGCCGCUCUGCCAUCGUCCAGGCCCUGUGGCAGUACGUAAAGACAAACCGGCUGCAGGAUUCUCAUGACAAGGAGUACAUCAAUGGGGACAAGUACUUCCAGCAGAUCUUUGACUGUCCUCGGCUGAAAUUCUCUGAAAUCCCCCAGCGCCUCACAGCCCUGCUUCUGCCCCCAGACCCAAUUGUAAUCAACCAUGUCAUCAGUGUGGACCCCUCAGACCAGAAGAAGACGGCGUGUUAUGACAUUGAUGUGGAGGUGGAAGAGCCACUGAAGGGUCAGAUGAGCAGCUUCCUUCUGUCCACAGCCAACCAGCAGGAGAUCAGUGCCCUGGACAGUAAGAUCCAUGAGACCAUUGAGUCUAUAAACCAGCUCAAGAUUCAGAGGGACUUCAUGCUGAGUUUCUCCAGAGACCCCAAAGGCUACGUCCAAGACCUUCUCCGCUCCCAGAGUCGGGACCUUAAGGUAAUGACCGAUGUAGCAGGAAAUCCCGAGGAGGAACGUCGGGCAGAGUUCUACCACCAGCCCUGGUCCCAGGAAGCUGUCAGCCGCUACUUCUACUGCAAGAUCCAACAGCGCAGGCAGGAACUGGAGCAAUCCUUGGGUGUACGCAACACCUAGGGUCACCUCCUCGGACCAGACACCACCAUGGACUUCCAGGGCCGGGUCCCCUGCCUCCUUCCCACCCCCUACCCCCAGGGACCUCCCCCUGGGCUGUUACAUCACUCCAGACUAAUUUUCCACAUGGGGCUGGGGGCACCAAAUUAAAGGUCAUUCAGCUAU